AUGGGGAUUAUUUUAGGGAUUAUCCUUGUCUAUGCUUUUUUGACGAGCACACUUUCCCCCCCCCCCACUUUUAAAGCGGAUCCACAAUUUCCAUCCCCCCCUCCGAACCUGCCCCGCAAUUCGGAGCUCGGAGCUUGCAUAUCUGCCCUUUAA